AUGUGUGAGACAUUCAAUAGUUGGAUAUUGGCAGCUAGGCACAAGUCUAUCAUUACUAUGUUAGAGGAAAUUAGAAUCAAGUGUAUGGAGAGGAUGAAUAGCAUGAGAGAGUUUUCUGAAAAAUGGGUAGAUGAGAUAUCACCCAUGGCUAUGGAAAUACUUGGAGAGAAUGCUCAAAGGGCAGCCAAAUGUGAAGUCAAAUUUAAUGGUGAAAUAGGGUAUGAGAUCCAGGAUGGGCCAUAUAAACAUGUUGUUGACUUUAGGGCAUAUACCUGUACUUGUAGAUCAUGGCAACUCAAAGGAAUUCCAUGUGCACAUGCAAUUACAGCAAUGCAUUACAAGAACUAUGAGGUUGAGCCAUAUGUUGACCAUUGGUAUAGAAAGGAUACCUACCUUAAGGCAUAUAGCAGAUUCAUUCAACCUUUAACUAGUAUGAAUUUGUGGCCAACAAGCACACUGCCAGCUAUUGAGCCACCUGUUAUAACUGCAAUGCCGGGAAGGCCAAAGAAAAAAAGGACAAAGGCUGCUGAUGAACCAAAGAAGAAGUUUGGGAAGGGUACAAGGAUAGGGAGACAAAUGAGAUGUUCUUUGUGCAAGACUCUAGGACAUAACAAGAAAGGAUGCCCAUCAGCAAAAAACCAAGAGGGAAGGGCUGGAACUAGUUCAGGUAGAGGUGAAACUGCUAAAAGUGGAACUGCAGCAGCUGGAAGUGCAUCAACAAUACCUGCAAGUGCAUCAACAACACCAGCAAUCCUUGAUCCAAGCACACAACAAUCAACUAAUGUUGCAAGAGGUCCAAAAAGGAAGACCAAUGAGCCUAGAAGAGGUGGUGCAAAUGCAGGGUCUAAGAGAACAAAGACAGCAGGAUAUGGUGUGCUAUUUGAUUCAAGUGGCACUGUUAUACAGAGGUCUGGAACUACUGACAGGGUGGUACACAAUCCUUCUACACUCAUAAGUUCUGCUCCUACCAACAUUGAACUUAGGUUCAAACCACCUGGACUAAAGUGGAAGGGCCGACCAGCAGUUACACAAAGGCAGCUGCAAGAACAGAGUUACAGAAGGGCAAAGUCUGCUACAACCACUCAAGCCACACCAGUUACACAAUCCACACCAAGCAGCCAAGCCACAACAGACAUUAAUUGA